AUGCCAACGAAUGGGAUCCACCAGGUCCUGAAGAUCCAGUUUGGUCUGAUCAACUGCGAGAGCCGGUAUCUGACGGCAGAGAGCUUCGGCUACAAGGUGAACGCCUCAGCGCCAAGCCUCAAGCGGAAGCAGAUCUGGACGCUGGAGCAGGAUGAAGCCGACAGCUCGGUUGUCUUCCUCAAGAGCCACCUGGGCCGGUACCUGGGUGCUGACAAGGAUGGGAAAGUGCGGUGUGAGGCCGAGCAGCCGGGCCGGGAUGAACGUUUCAGCAUCAUCACCCAGUCGGACGGGCGCUGGGCGCUGCAGUCGGCCCCGCACCGGCGUUUCUUUGGUGGCCGGGAGGAUCGCCUGUCCUGCUUCGCCCCCAGCGUGACGGAGGGCGAGCUCUGGACCGUGCACUUGGCCAUGCACCCCCAGGCCAACCUGCUGAGCGUCAGCCGCCGCCGCUACGCCCAUCUCAGCGCCCACGAGGAUGAAAUUGCCACCGAUAGCAACUUGCCAUGGGGAGUGGAUGCCCUCAUCACCCUCUGCUUCCAGGACAAGAAGUACAGCCUGCGCACCGCCGACGAGCGCUACCUGCGCUGCGAUGGCACGCUGGUGCCCGAGCCUGGCGCCGGCACCGGCUACACCCUCGAGUUCAAGGCAGGAAAACUCGCUUUCAAGGACUGUGAUGGGAAAUACCUGGCACCCACAGGGCCCACUGGCACCCUCAAGUCCGGCCGCAGCUCCAAGCCGGGCAAAGAUGAACUCUUUGACCUGGAGGAGAGUCAUCCCCAGGUGGUUUUCACAGCGGCCAAUGGCAGAUAUGUCUCUAUCCGGCAGGGCGUCAACGUCUCAGCGAACCAGGAUGAGGAGCUGAACCACGAGACCUUCCAGCUCCAGAUUGACCGUGACACCAACAAGUGCAGCCUCCACACCAACACUGGCAGCUACUGGACCCUCGUGGCCCAUGGGGGCAUCCAGGCUGUGGCCACUGAAGUCGGUGCCAACACCAUGUUUGACAUCGAGUGGCGUGGGCGGCGGGUGGCCCUGCGCGCCAGCAAUGGCCGUUACGUCUGCACGAAGAGGAACGGGCAGCUGGCAGCCGUCAGCGAUACUGUAGGUAAGUGCCAAGGGUGGGCAGGGAGUCCUGGCAUUGAUCCCCCAGGGGAGGACGAGGAGUUCACUCUGAAGCUGAUCAACCGCCCGAUGCUGGUGCUGCGAGGUGAGCAUGGAUUCGUCUGCUACCACCGUGGCUCCAACCUGCUCGACUCCAACCGCUCCGUCUAUGACGUCUUCCACAUCAGCUUCAGCGAUGGCGCCUACCAGAUCCAAGGCCAGGGAGGGAAGUUCUGGUACGUGGCAAGCAGUGGGUCGGUGUGCAGUGAUGGAGACCUCUCCGAGGAUUUCUUCUUCGAGUUCCGGGAGCGGGGCCGCGUUGCCAUUAAAGCCAAGAACGGGAGGUACUUGCGCGGGGACCCCGCCGGCACCCUGCGUGCUGACAGUGAGUCCGUGCUGCGGGCCACGCUCUGGGAGUACUGA